AUGGACCUUACACCACCAUCUCUAACAAGGUCGCCGACAUCUCCAACCCACACAUAUUGCCCAUCAGAGCGCUCCUCAUUGGACUACCCAUCUCCGGAACUAGCAGCUCAACAGUACAAAAUCACCACCUUGUACGCCGCCGGCCCGUUGUGUUCUGCAGGCCUAGCAGCCGACGCCGACAUUUCUUUGCCGCCUUUGGACCCUCGAACAACCACAGAUUGGGUCUCGUCAAGCAUCAUGGCACCAUCUUCCUCGUCCUUUUCCAUACCGAAUGUCCUGUCAGAAUAUGACCAGUUUGCCGAAUACGACUCUCCUAUCCCAGCCUCGUACGGGUCUGAAGCGUACCCGCCGCCGCCCUCCCAUUCAUCCGGCCCGGCCCACCAUCCGCACUGUCUCACAGACUCCCCCGGACGCUCACCUGGACCGUCGUCCUCAAGGAGCUCCUUUUCCUACGCGCAAAGUGGCCAUGUGGCGGGUUCGUUUGGCCCAAGGAUCAAGAUGGAAAACACCAAUGACUAUGGAUCCGGUAUCGACACCUCGCACUAUGCCUCUCCCCGGUCGAUGCAGGCGCCGUACAUGACGGAUUCGGGCCCGUACGGCGCCUCACAUCAACACUACCUGUCGGACACCCAAUCUCCGAGUUGGUCCAAGGUCGAAUAUGGUGCCGAGCAAUACUACCAGAACACACCGGCAGGCGAGUCGGCCCCUCCCAGUCUAGAGGCCAGGCGUACGGAAGACUCAAAGCACAGCCGCCCGAAGCGGGCGCCGCGGAAGAUGACGUCCUUUGCGGAUGCCCAGUACCAGUGUCAAGUCAAGGGAUGUGGCAAGCUCUUCAGCCGCAGCUACAACUACAAGGCGCAUUUGGAUACACACGACGAGAAGAGGGAGUAUCCAUUCCCAUGUUCCGUAACCGACUGUAACAAGCGCUUUGUUCGUAAAACGGACCUCCAAAGACACAACCAGAGCGUCCACAUGAAGGAGAAGAAUCACAGGUGCGACUACUGCGGACGACUAUUUGCACGCAAAGACACACUUCGCAGGCAUAUGGAAGAUGGAUGCUCCAAGCGUUUCGACGUUGGCACCUGCGACCUGCGCGUCGAUGGAUACGAAGGAAUGGGCGCGGCCAGCCGUAGCAUGGGCGCGCCAAUGCAUCCGAUGGGAUCGAGCUCCGGCCCCCUCCCACCAAUUACCAUGUCGAUGGGCAGUGGAAGCGGGUUGUUACAUCCCGAAUCAUCGACCAGCAGAGGCAGAGGCGUCGUGCCCGGCGCAAGCGAUGGCGCGCAUGGCGACAACUGGCAACGGUGA